AUGGAUAAAGAAUCUAAAAUUAAAGAAAAUAUGAAAUCAAAAAAGGAAUCACAAUUCAAGAAUCAACAAAUUUUAGAAUCAAAUAAUAAUAAAAUGAAUCCACUUAUUAAUGAAACAAAUUUAAUUGACUUUUCUUUACAAACUGAAAAAAAGAAUUAUAUAAAUUUAAAAGAUAAAGAAACGAAAAAAGAGAAAAAAAAAUCUUCUGAAAAAAUGAAUAAUGAUAGUAAAAUUAAAAAUAUAGAAAAAGAAGCAAUUUUACCACUAGAUAAUACACAAUCAUUGAUGUUAAGAAAAACAAUUCCUGUUUCAAUUGCGAAAACACCUGUUUCUUCUUUAGAAGUAUUGAUAUCUGAUAAUUCAAAAGUUUACAAGAAAGAAAGUUUUAAAAAAAAAUUAGAUAUGGAAAAGUGUAUGAAAACAAGUGAAGAUAUACAAAAAUGUGUUACAAAUCAAAUAAAAAAAAAUGAUUGUCUUACUAAAGUUAUUUAUAAUACUGAAAAACUUCAUCAAAACAUAAAGAAUAAACAUUUUGGUAUUAACAAAAAUAUUUUAAAUAUGACAAAUAAUGAUAAAAAUAACAAUUAUAUACCUUUUUAUACAUUUACCAAUAAAUGCCGUAUUUAUGCUGACAUGAUAUCUCCAAAAACUUUAAUAAAGAUUGAUAAUUAUAAUAACUAUGGUAAAAAAGAUUUAAAUAAUGAACCAUAUUAUGUUGGAGUAAUGAGUAGUAAGACAGCUGAUAAAAUAAAAAUUGAAGAAGAUGAAUUUUUUUUGAGAAAGGUAGAAUUUAAAUGUGAAAGUAUCUUUUUUAUUAGUAUUUUUUAUAAUAACCGAUUAAGACAUCAUCUUAUUCUAAAAACAGCAAAAGAAAAUCUUUUUUAUAUUAAAAAAUAUUGUUUUCAAACUGUACAAGAAUUGAUUAGAUUUCAUCUUGAACAAAGGGUACCAAUAAAAAAUGACAUACUUUUGCAUUCAUGGGUAACUACUUUUUCUUGGCACAGACAACACAAUGAAAUACAAUUAAUCAAAAAAAUAGCUAGUAGUUCGUUUAGUCAAAUUUUUAUUGGUAAUUUAGAAGAAGGAAGUUUUGGUAAAAUAUUACAAGUUGUUAUUAAAAUUUUUACUUGUUCUAAAGAAAAACUUAGCUUAAAACAAAAAAAUCAAUUUAUUUCUGAUGCAAACAUAAUUAUAAACUUAAAAUCUAAAUACCUUAUUCAACUAAUUGGUGUAUGUAUACAAAAAGAACCAUUUGUUGCUAUUUUAGAAUAUGCUUCUAAAGGAUCAUUGUCAAAAUUAUUAACAAGAAAUGAAGUUACAGAACAACAGAAACACAACUAUUGUUUACACGUUGCUUAUGCUCUCAAAUAUCUCCAUGAUAAUUUAAUUAUGCACAGAAAUAUUGCAGCUAAGAAUGUAUUGAUUGGAGGCAAUAAUAUAGCUAAGUUAUCUAAUUUAGGAUUUGUUUUUCAAAGUUCUAGCAAGGAUAAAAAAAAGGAAAAUUUAUUAAGAUGGACUUCUCCAGAAACUAUAAAGAAUGGAACAUAUACAUUUGAAUCAGAAUCAUGGAGUUAUGGUAUUUUUAUUUCUGAAGUGUAUAAUGAUGGGGAAAAACCAUUUUUAAGAAUACAUGAUUGGAAAAAUUUGGUUUCUAUAAUAACAAAUAAUAAAGCAAAAGAUAAUUUAAUUAUUCGAAAACUUCCUGAUGAUUUAAAUAAUGUUUUAAUAGCGUGUUUAAAUUUAUCACCUAAUGCUAGACCAGACUUUGAUGAAAUUAUAAGUAUGAUUGAAGUUAAAAAAAUGACAAUUCAUAAAGGCAUAAUUAACUGGACAAAAAAACUUUAUAAUCAAUUUUUUGUUUCAUUAAGUAAGAAUCAAUUAUUUAAUAAUAAAGCCUUAUAUAAAAAAAGAAUAUAUGAAUCAAUUUCUAAUAGUAAAAUUGAAAGCAACAGUGAAUUAUCAGUAAAGUCAAAUUAA